AUGGCUGCCGUCGCCAUCCAGCGCCCUCUCAAAGGCUCCCGCAUUUCUUCCUUCUAUCCCGUCAAGUCUCUGCCUCCAAUCUCAGCUCUCGACAGCGCCUUUCAGCUGCAAGAAUACAUUUCCCUCCUCAUACGCUUGGACGUUCAUGACGUAGACAAGAUCGUCUCCAUUCCGGGCAAGGGCUCCGACAGUCCAGAUAGCUCCGACGCGAAGACCGAGGAGAAGGAAGGAGAGAAGGAGGCCACCAGCAACAUCAACGUUGAUGAGGCGUGCUGGGUGUACGAGCAGCUGCGACGGCUGGCUCAGGACCUCUCGCAUCCUCUGAUCACCAUGCUGCAGCAGGAGUGCACGCGAAGUACGUGCCCGGAAAUGAAAGCUGGCGAGUGGUUGUACUUGUGCGUUGCCCAUGGAAAUGACGGCGCCAUGGAACAAUGUUGCGCUAUAGAUUACAUCCUGCAUACACUCGAUAGUGCCACCGCUCUGCUAAAUUCCCCUCGUGCUUUCCCUUCACGACUAUCUGUCCCCCCUUCCUCAAAGCGCCACUUCUCUUCCCUCGCUCGCCGGCUCGGCCGCAUCUUCGCUCAUGCCUACUUCCACCACCGCGAAGCCUUCGAGCAAGCCGAGGCCGAGUCCUCGCUCUACGCCCGCUUCCUCGCCCUCACCUCCAAGUUCGAGCUCGUCCCCGCCGAGUUCCUCGUCAUCCCCCCACGCCUCACCGCCAUGUCCGACGACGAGCGCGGCGCGGGCCCCGUCGAGCCCCCACGCCUGCUCGGCGCCGCGCUCGACCCGCGGCACAACCUCACGCGGAUCGGCUCCCCCGCGGAGCACGCCUGGGUGCCGCAGGCCCGCGACCGCGCCUCGGGCUCGCCCGGCCUGGCGGAGCACGGGCGCACGAACAGCCCGCGCAAGUUCGGGCGGAGCCGGACGGACACGAUGGUGUACAGCGAGGCGUUCAGCGUCGCGGAGGAGCUCGCCAAGGGCGACCUGUCCGAGGUCGACAUCGACCGCGAGAUCGCGGCCGAACGCGCCGCGGCGGCGUCGGGCGCGGACAUGCCCCGCCAGGAGCCGGAGCCGGCGGGGUACUUCGCGGAGCCGCCGACGGCGGAGCAGCCGAAGGAGGUGGAGGAGCAUGCUCCUGCGCAGGAAACCGAGGCGGCAGUGGAGGAGUUGGCGCCUGAGUCUGUUGACCCGAAGGUUAUCGACUUCGAGGAGGAGGAGGAGGACGAUGGCAAGGAGGAGGACGAAGAUGAAGAGGACGAAGAGGAUGAAGAGGGCGAAGAAGCUGAUGCCGAGCCCACCGCUGCCGAGUCUGAGAAGCCGAGGCUGUGGAAUCUCCCGCAGAAGCGGAGGCCGAUGAUGCGGCCAAGGUGGAGGAACAAAAAGAGGCAGCACCUGCAGCCGAAGGUGUAA